GCGCCAACGUAUUUCUGGUGCUUGGACCGACGUAAUCCUAAAUUACGUCGAUAACAGCACGCGAUCAUGCCGCCGAAGAAGAACGCCGGUGCCGCAAAGACCACCGGCAAGAGUAAACCUUCGGAGGAGAGCGGCAGCGGGAAGGCGGAGAAGAAAGGAGGAAACGCGGUGAAGGUCAGGCAUAUCUUGUGCGAGAAACAAUCAAAGGUAUUGGAAGCCCUGGAGAAAUUGAAGGCUGGUCAGAAGUUCAACGAGGUCGCAGCGACAUACAGCGAAGACAAGGCCAGAUCUGGGGGCGAUCUUGGUUGGAUGACACGGGGUUCCAUGGUAGGACCUUUCCAAGAUGCUGCCUUUGCGUUACCAGUUUCCAGCCUGGGAUCUCCGGUUUACACAGAUCCACCAGUGAAAACAAAGUUCGGGUAUCAUAUUAUAAUGGUGGAAGGUAAAAAGUAGCCAAAGGUAGUUGCCCAAACUUUUUUAAACAUUAAUUCUUUUGUGAAAUUUGAUAUACACAGUUAAUUGAGCAAAUACAUAUUAUAUCAUUUAGAUAUUGAUUUGUUUAACAUCUGUGAUAUCUAUUGCAUUAAUAAAACAUAUUUUUUAUA